CUUUCCUUCGUUGUCAUCCGCUUUCAGGUUGCUCAAAAUUAAGGAUCGCUAGUCAAAGUCUUUAAAGCUCAUGGAGGAACUUGAAUCAAUGGUCAUGGACAAUGUCAUCUAUAGGACUGUCUUAGCAGUCUCUGCUGGCUGCUGCAUCAAGCGACCUCACCAAUGAAGCUGAAAACUGCUUCCAGCAAAUGGCGAAUGAAGGUUGACAUAAAAUUUUCUGGAAUAGAACCUAACAAGUUGAGUCCACCAGGAUCCAACUGAAAUGAAUCCAAGUCGGAUCCAGAUACAAACUUGCUCCAUCAACCACACUCUUCUCCCCUCUCCUCGCGGCCGCAGUUGAGGGUUUGAAAUACUUGCUGGAAGAGGCUUUAGAAGUGCAAUGGUAACAAGAAAAGAAAAGUUUCAGAAUUUUAAUGUUUAUCUUAUCAGGGCAGCAAACACACAAGAAAAUUGGAACCUGGAAAUUUUCAUUUGUCUCCAGUUUCAAUUGGAAUUUUGGUUCUGGAAUUUUCAUCCCAAAAUCUUAAUUUCAAGCUGUCAAUCGCCCCUAAGCCUUCCUCCAAUGCUCAAGCAAAAACCACCAAUUAAACCAUUUCUUGUCCUCCCUUCAUCGAAAAAUCCUCUGUGGUUGAUCGUCUCAGAACUCAACUCUCUUGUUCUCUCUGCAACAUGCAAGCAAGACGUGCAGCGCCUUCACGCCUGUCUCAUUGUGAAUGGCCUUCAAUCCCACUGCACCCUCUCUACAAAGCUCCUUCAACGCUACUCUCAAUUCGGCGACCUCCUUAGUGCCCACCUGGUUUUCAACACCAUCCAUCAUCUCGAGCAGCAACCCUUCAUCUGGAACGUGAUGCUAAGAGCGUACAUGUUCAACAACCAGCCAGAGAAGGUGCUUCAUCUCUAUGGUAGGAUGUUGGUCUCCUUUGUCAGGCCUGAUGGUUUCACAUUCACCAACCUCCUUAAGGCUUGUGCUGCUUUGGUUGACCCUGCUGCAGGGUCACAUGUUCAUGGUCAUGCUUUAGUGAAUGGGUAUGGUCGGGAUGCCUUUGUGGUGACAGCAUUGAUUGAUAUGUAUGCCAAGUGUGGUAAACUGAUUGAUGCUUGCAAACUGUUUGAAGAAAGAACUGAGAGAGAUGUUACCAUGUGGAAUUCGAUGAUCAGCGGAUUGAUGCUUAAUGGACGAGCUAUGGAAUCACUUGAAGUGUUCAGCAGGAUGAGGAAGUUAGGGAAUCUGGCUGAUUCCGUGACUGCCACUGCAAUUCUUUCGGCUUCUGCCAGAAUUGGUUGUCCCAAUUUGGCCAAGGAAUCACAUGCCUUUGUUUUACGUUGUGGAUUCAGCUCUGACAUCAUGGUGGCGAACAGUUUGAUGGAUAUGUACUGUAAAUGCUUGUGUGUGGAUUUAGCUUGCAAAGUGUUCCGUGUCAUGAAUAUGAGAGACUGUGCGUCAUGGAACGUGAUGAUCUCUGGAAUCUUUAAAAGUGAUGGUGCCAGAGCAUUAGGUCUCUUCCAUGAUAUGAUCUUGGCUGGUUUCAAGCCAACAGCAUGCACUAUAUUAACAGUGCUUCCUGUCUGUGCUUCUUUGGGAGCUCACAAGCAAGGGAAAGAGAUACAUGGUUAUAUUGUUAGAAGCAUGCCUUUUUUGGAUGUCCGACUUGAAACAGUCCUGGUUGACAUGUAUGCAAAGUGCAAUCACAUAGGCAGUUCAGAGAAAAUAUUCAAGUAUUGUGCAAUUAAAGAUUUAGUAUUGUGGAAUGCAAUGCUUACAGGAUAUGUGAUGAACUCUUGCUGGCAUAAUGUUCCUCGACUCUUUGGACAACUUCAACUUAUGGCCAUGAGGCCAGAUUCGGUGACACUACACUGCUUGUUGAUUAGUUUAGAAGCUCUGCAAUUGAUGAAAUGUGUUGGAUCAGUUCAGUGCUUUAUCAUUCGACAUGGAUUUGCCAAAGACAGCUUGAUGAUGUAUUCUCUUGUCUUUGUACUUGUAAAACAGUUGAGAAUAAAACAUGCUCAGGACUGGCUUAGGAUACACUGUGAACAAGAUCCUGUUCCAUGGAACGUCUUGCUUUCUGGACUUGAGAAAGCCGGACAUAGUGAAGAAACAUUAAUGUACUUUAACCAGAUGUUAGGAAGCAAUAUCAAGUUCAAUUCAGUAACAAUGCUUUGUCUGCUCAAUGCUUGUGCACAUCUAGCAUCUCCAAGCAAAGGAAAAUCCAUUCAUGGCCUUAUUGUAAGGACUGGAUUUCACGCAGAUGCUUUUGUUUGUACUUCUCUAAUAAAGAUGUAUGCAAAAUGUGGAUCUCUCCCUGCUGCAAGGUUUGUGUUCUCCGAAUUGGCUGAAAAGGACAUUGUGUCGUGGAGUGUAGCUAUAUCUGCAUAUGGUGUUCAUGGAUUUGGACCAACUUCUUUGCAACUCUUUAAGGAGAUGAAUACCCAAAACAUGUGUGUCGAUCACGUUGGGUUUGUUGAGAUACUUUCAGCUUGUGCUCACUCUGGGCUGGUGGAAGAGGGUUGGCAAUGCUUUGAAAGCAUGAUAAGGGACCAUUCGCUUGUUCCAAAACUGGAGCACUAUGGGUGUAUGGUUGAUCUUCUUGGCCGUGCAGGACUUCUGAGCAAAGCCGAGGAGCUUAUAUCAAAAAUGCCAGUGGCUCCAGAUCCUGGGAUUUGGGGUGCCUUAUUUGGUGCUUGUGCAGUACAAGGGAAUGUAGAGAUGGGAGAACGUGUGUUCCAACAACUAAUGAGAUUAGAACCUCACAAGGCACAGAACUAUGUCAUGAUGUCAAAUAUAUAUGCUGGAGCUGGUAGGUGGGAAAAAGUCACUGAAAUGAGAGAUCUCAUGGAACGAAACGGGUUAGUAAAAAUAGCAGGAUGUUGUUGGAUUGAUGGAUCCAAAAGCCGGUGAGAUGUUAUUGGUGUGAGCAGAAAGCCCCAAAUCAAAUUUUUCUUUGCUCAACUCAUUAUCAAUAGCAAUAGAUACCUUUCAAUUGUUACAUCCAGUUUGCUUCUGUGCUAGUGUGCCUCUUAAUAACUUCAUCUUUGGCAUGCCUGGCUGCAUACUGUUUUGUUGAAAAGGAAAAGGUCAUCUACAAGGGGGCUGCUGCAGAUUUUCAGUCUCUUGUGUUUAUAUUCUUAGUAGGCAUUUCUUGAGUGAUGGAUUUUGCAGGUUAUGUGACAAUUCUCUCUUAGUUGACAGUACUUUUAAGACCAGAAAUUGUAUUGGAAGGUUGAGGUCAGGAGCAGAGCCCUCAGCCCUUUGCAUGGCAUGAUGUUGGCUCAGCGAUCAUGCGGCUAAUUGUAGAACUGUUAUAUCCUAGAGAGCAGAGUAACUGAAGGUAGUCUGUUGGUUACUGAGGCUGUGAAUGAAGGGGACAUGAUCUUUAGUGAGACUAAGUAGUAAACAAAAUAAUCAAGCAAAGCAUGCAGAGGAAGGACUCCAGUGGGGAUGCAGGGACUUGAGCAAUGCUGCUACUGCAGAGGAUGGGUGUACAUGGUGGACGUUCAAUUCAAAGAUAAAAAGGUUCGAGACUGGGAGAAAUGGGUUGAAACCUCACCCUGCUGCUAAGAUAAUUUAUUCCUGGAGCAGCUACGUCAGGCUGAAGUGAUCAAGUUAGAAUCUGCUUGUUCUACGAUUGAAGACCAUUUGUUUUUCUUCUGAUAACCAAAAUGGGGUGAAGGGUACGGAAAAGGCAAAGAUUAUUAGGAUUUUUACUUUUACAUGCUGUAAUACCUUUUAUGACAACAAGUGAUAGGAGCUAGGACCUCUUGAAGGGAAGUGCGACCUUGGGAGAAAUGACUUUUCCUGCUGUAUCACGCGUAUGAUGAUCUUUGCUGUUGGCAACCUGCACUAAAUUGUAGGGUACUCAUUCAACUGUGGGCGCUAAUCUGGAAGGUGUUUGCAGUUUAGUAACCAGUCUUGCCUUUAGUAUCAGCCCAUCGUUGAAACCGUAUUGGAUCAGAAUGGUUUUCUGAAGAAUGUAUUCUGAUAAUCUCCAUUAUCUUUUGAAUAUCAGAAACUAGUUCUGAAGAAAAAGCUUGUUCUCAGUCUUCAGAAAGACCCACCUAAGGCUGCAAGUGGGGCUGACCUGGUACAAAGUGUUUUAGCUUUUUCGAGUAAACCUGAUUCAGUUCUGACAUGCCACAAAUGUAUUUAAGUGGGCAAUCUUCUAUUGUUAAAAAUGUGUCGCAGUGUUAUCUAGAUCGGUCUCAGUCAGUCCUAAUCGGCGGAUACGCAUAGUAUUGGCAUAUUACAGCAAUGAUGCCGGGUGUGGUAUAAGGAUUUCUAAAUGUUGCCCGAGACAAGGCCAAUUCAAGCAGCCGCACCAGCCUGUAUCAUUCGAUUCGGCAAAGGCUGAUAUUAAGAUAAAAAAAUAAUAGAAAAAAAUCAUUUAAAAUUGUCUUUGCUUGAUUUUCUACUGUAUGAAUGGGCAAAACACGUGUAAAUUGUGGAGGCGGUUAAAAAAAAUUGACCUUGUGACCCUGAUGUAGUCAAAAGAUUUCAGUGCCAAUUUCAUAAUCAACUUGAACGCAGGAGCAAAGGGUACACCAUUGCAUGGAGGAAGACUGGUGACUCUGUGCAUUGCGAAGACGAUACCAGCUCCUCCUGCUUGAGCUACGGUGACUGCUGCUCUGGCGUAUUGUUCAAGUGGGUCUCUUGCACAUGUGAAGCGUAGGACUAUUGUUGCGAGUUCUUUAUAUAUAGAGAUAUAUAAAGUGUUGCGAGCUCUUCGUGGAAUAAUCACGUGAAGCUUUUGUUUUGAGCGAAUGUUAUCGUAACAGAGGGAGGAUCAU